AUUGCGUGUGUAUGCCAAACGCUCUGACCGAUGAGAUAAAAGAGAAAAUAUGUUUUCAACCAACAGAGGUUAUUGCGAUUAACCGCGUACCAACUAGUUACCAUUUUCCGAUGCUGCUUCAACGACAGAAGGUUGCAGAAUUUUUAGCAAACGAAUUGAAGCUGGAUAAUAUCCAAGUUUCCGAAGAACAAAAAAGAAGUGGUGAACAAGCUAUACAAGGAUGGAAACGACUUAUUGCAAGUCAUGAUAGUAGUUCACAAACGGUGACAAUCGCUCUGGUUAGCAAAUAUCAACAAAAUCUUCAUAUAUUCGUAAACCAAUCGCUUGAGCAUGCUUGCGUAUAUUGCGGAUAUCAAUUGGCCGUAAAGUGGAUAGAUGGAAGCGAUCUCGAGCCAGAAGCUGAAACUGCGUUCCCGACAAGAUAUCGUGAUGCGUGGGAUUCCAUUGCGAACGCAAACGGAAUAAUAGUUCCCGACGGUUUUGUUUACCAGGAUGUCGAGGGUGCCAUAGCUGCUGUACGAUAUGCUAGAGAGCAUGGCGUGCCGUUUUUAGGUAUUGGAUUAGGCUUCCAAGCUGCUGUCUUAGAAUUGCACGCAACGUGUGUAAAACUGCAGGAAAUUGAUUCAAAUUCACAGCAGAGUGUAUUUGUGAUUGAUAAGAAUACAGCCUGUGUACAGAGUAUUUCGUUUUGUGACGAACAUGAGGGAUUAAAGUCUAGAGAAGCCUACAGGAGUCGACAAAUCACAGAGCGUUACCUUACACAGUACAAGAUAGCCUCUCCGAAAUUUCUACAAACAAUAGUGGAGAAUGGCAUGUUCGUCGUGGCCGGUGAUGAUUCUAAAACGCGUGUGGACAUA